GUAUUAACAUAAUAUAUUUACUAGUUAUUAUUAUUAUUAUAUAGUGAAAUUUAUUUAGAAAAAUAUUAACUGUUGACCAACGGUUUGUUUUUUAGUUAUCCUACCAAUCAUAGUAUAUCAAAGUAAUUAAAAAUGUGUGCUAAAAUGGCAUUCACUCAUCAACCUGGCACUGCCAUGGAGUGCCUUAGUAUACCUAUUACUCUAACCAAAGAAUCAGCAAUUGAUACUGAUGGCCGUGAAUUAUUAAAAUGUGGAUUCAAAAUUGGUGGAGGCAUUGAUCAAGAUUUUAGGAAAAGUCCUCAAGGAUAUACAGAUAAUGGAAUUUAUGUUACUGAAGUACAUGAUGGAAGUCCAGCAUCAAGGUCUGGAUUACGAAUACAUGAUAAAAUACUACAAUGUAAUGGAUAUGAUUUCACAAUGGUUACCCAUAAGAAAGCUGUGGAUUAUAUCAAGAAACAUAAAGUACUAAAUUUAUUAGUUGCCAGAAGAGGUGUUACUUCUACAUAAAAUAAUACAACUUCAUUAAAUUGUCUCUAUUGCUACAUACAACCAAAGGUUAUUAUUAAUUAAAAUAUUUAUCCUAUUUCAUAAAAAUUAG